AUGUCGGCGUCCAUUCCUACCACCGAAUUCCAGCAUGAGCCUCUCCCGAACCGAACUUGGAUCAGGCUGAUCAGGAUUCACCCUGAUCUAGAGUACGGGAAUCUCGUCUGCACUCUCGAGCACUUUGGACCCAAGUCUCGCCCACCCUAUGUCGCUCUGUCCUAUUGUUGGGGAGACCCGACCCCCAGGCACACCGUCCACAUAAAUGGCCUGGUGCGAAAGGUUCACGAGAACCUGUGGCGGUUCCUGCACCGCGCCUGGAUGAACAAGGAGACAGAUUGGUUUUGGACAGACUCGAUAUGCAUCGACCAGGCCCACCACAGCGAGCUCAACGACCAGGUCACACGGAUGGGCAACAUCUACUCCCAGGCAGAUCACGUCAUCUCCUGGCUCGGG